AGAGGUGCAUUUUUUUAAGGUGGAAAUGUGGGACUGUAGUUUGAAACUUUAAUGUGUAAGUUGGAUCUUCAAUCCCACAAAAGAAGUGCAAUAAAGUUACACUAGCAUUAAGUUUACUACUGUGCAUUUUUGCCUUUUGUUUCCUUCUCUUUUUCUUCUUCUUUAGUCUAGCUAUACAAACUCCAUUUUUGACCGCCAUAAAUGGUGGGCUUAACUCCAAAUCAUUAGUGCUUCUACUUUCUUGGGCACAAUAUCUAGGGUUCUUCAAUUAUCAUAUCUCACUUUCUCCACUUAUCACAUUAGUUAACUAGCAACCCCAUUUUCCUUAAUUGCUCUACUUCAGAUUCUUGAUUUUUGUUUCUUGCAUUUUUAAACAACCAUUUAAUUUGCAGCCCCAAUUGUUUCUCUUGCUUUAUUGAACUACCAAAAAGUUUACAUUUUAAAGUUUAAUCUUGCUCCAUUUGAUUGUUUUUCUAGUGAAGUUUACAUUUUUAAGCUUAAUAUUGCUCCAUUUGAUAAUUUUUUUUCUUGUGAAGUUUGCAUAUUAGAGGUUAUUGCAUGUGGGAUUUUGUAUGUGGGGGAUUUUGAAUGAGGGAAGAGGGUGUUUUCCAGUCUGAUGAGAAAUGAAGGUUAAAAUUGUAGAAGGAUAUGGGCUGUGUUUUUGGGAAAGAGAUUUCAUCAUCUGAGACACCUACUGGAGAAGUUGUAGUUGGAAGAAGGAGAGAAAAUGGGGAAGAUAGAGAUUUGGUCCUACCUUCUGGUAGGAGAGAGAAAGUAGGAACUGUAAAUAAGGCGGAGGGCGGUGGCGGUGGCGGCAGUGAAGGAGGAGGAGGCAGUGAUGUUGGUGAAGUUAAGAAUGGUAGGGAUCAGAAGAAUGAGAAAAGGGAUGACAAUGCAAGGCCUAAGGGUGAGAGGAGAAGGUCUAGACCUAAUCCAAGGCUGAGCAAUCCACCUAAGAAUGUGCACGGCGAGCAAGUAGCCGCUGGAUGGCCGUCAUGGCUUUCUGAGGUAGCUGGAGAGGCUAUCAAUGGAUGGAUCCCGCGAAGGGCGGAUGCUUUUGAGAAGCUGGCUAAGAUUGGGCAAGGUACUUACAGCAAUGUGUAUAAAGCUAGAGAUAAUCUCACGGGGAACAUUGUUGCAUUAAAGAAGGUUAGGUUUGAUAAUUUGGAGCCAGAGAGUGUGAGGUUUAUGGCAAGAGAGAUCUUGAUUUUGCGCCGCUUGGAUCAUCCGAAUGUUAUUACAUUGCAAGGAUUGGUUACGUCAAGGAUGUCUUGUAGUUUGUACCUCGUGUUUGAUUAUAUGGAUCAUGAUUUAGCUGGACUAGCUGCAAGCCCUGGAAUUAAGUUCACAGAGGCUCAGGUUAAAUGUUACAUGCAUCAACUAUUAGCAGGGCUUGAACACUGUCAUAACCGUCAUGUGUUGCAUCGUGAUAUAAAAGGAUCAAAUCUUUUAAUUGACAGUGAGGGAGUUCUCAAGAUUGCAGAUUUUGGUUUGGCGUCAAUCUAUGAUCCCAAUAAAAAGCAACCCAUGACUAGUCGCGUGGUUACAUUAUGGUACAGACCCCCGGAGCUUCUUCUUGGGGCCACAGACUAUGGUGUUGGUGUGGACCUUUGGAGCGCUGGUUGUAUUUUAGCUGAGCUAUUAGCUGGGAAACCCAUUAUGCCUGGUCGUACAGAGGUUGAGCAACUCCACAAAAUCUUCAAGCUAUGCGGAUCUCCGUCAGAAGAGUAUUGGAAAAAGUCAAGGCUUCCACAUGCUACCAUAUUCAAACCUCAGCAGUCAUACAGAAGAUGUAUAGCAGAAACCUUUAAAGAUUUUCCACCUUCAUCAUUGCCAUUGAUUGAGACUCUCCUGGCCAUUGAUCCAGCUGACCGUCAAACAGCUACAGCUGCAUUGCAGAGUGCAUUCUUUACUACCAAACCUUAUGCUUGCGAACCUUCCAUCCUUCCCAAGUAUCCACCCAGCAAAGAAAUGGAUGCUAAACGGCGAGAUGAAGAAGCUCGAAGACAAAGAGCUGCUGGCAAAGCCAAUGCUGAUGGUGCUAGAAGAAUUCGUCAUCGUGAUCGAGCGGUGAGGGCAAUUCCUGCUCCUGAAGCCAACGCGGAGCUGCAAGUUAAUAUUGACAGACGGCGUCUAGUUACACAAGCCAAUGCGAAGAGCGAGAGUGAAAAGUUUCCUCCACCUCACCAGGAUGGAACUUUAGGUUAUACAUUGGGUUCUUCACAUCACAUUGAUCCAGCAUAUGAACCUUCAGAAGUCCCAUUUACCUCUAUGAACUUCUCAUACUCAAAAGAACCAAUCCAAACGUGGUCAGGACCAUUGGUGGAACCUGCUACUGUUGGUGCUCCAAGAAGAAAGACAAAGUCAUCGAAGAAGGAUUCUAACAAGAAAGGAAAAGAAAGCAUGUAAAGUCUAAUGAAUGAUGCAAUUCAACAAUUGGUAUACUUGAAGGAGCUGCAGAACUUGCAGAUUAUUUGUCCUAUACGGUGGGUAAGAAACUUUUCAACAGCAUAUAGAGGUAAAAUACAUUUUUAUCCUAGUAUCCUCUUUUUGUAUUCUUUUGGAUAAUGAGAAUCUUUUCACUAUUGUACAUGUAAAUUUUGUUUCCUUCAUAUUAGCAGACUCUGUUUAGAUCAAUGAAAAUCCUAAUAAACAGUUUACAUACGUUCUUUCCUGUUA